AUGGUAUUCAGCAAGAGCACUCUACGAAAAAAUCCAUGUACGAUUUGUUUAAUUGCUGUCAAUCUUAUCAAUUUCGUAUAUUUUUAUUUGGGUGUUUUACUGGCGACACUAGGAACUGGUUAUAAUAUUGAUCCAAGUACAACCAACAUCUAUUUUUGUCGAUUUCGUUUUUAUAUUUCUUCAGUUCUUGGGUGUUUACAAUCAUCUUAUAUUGUCUUAGCAUCAAUUGAUCGUACACUUAUCACUUCACCUAAUGCUGGAACACGACAACGCAGUACUCGUCGUUUGAUUAUUAUUAGUAUGAUUGGUAUAAGCUUAUUUUGGAUGAUUUUUGAAAGUCAUGCAUUAAUUUUUACGGAAAUUCUAGAAUUAGGACCUGUCAACGGAAUUCUUCCAACUUUAUUGAUGAUCAUAUUUGGAUGUUGGACAGUGAAGAAUAUUCGUACAGUAAGUCGUGUAAGACCUGAAAUUAAUUCGAUAGGUAUUAAAAAUAUAACAGUUAUUAGACCUGUCAUUGUUCGACCAAAGGAUCAACAACUUGUUCGCAUGUUAUCAGUGAAUAUUAUUGCUUUUAUUAUAUGUAAAUUUCCGUCUACAUUAGUUCUCAUUUAUGAACAAAUUACACGAUAUGAGGAAAAACCUAGUGAUCAACAAUUAAUAGAACAAUUAAUUUUACAAUUGACAUUCUUUUGGUAUUUCGUCGAUAAUGGUAUUGAUUGUUAUACAAAUAUACUUGUAUCAAAAACUUUUCGAACAGAACUCAAACGUAUAUUUGUAGAUGUUUAUCAUACUUAUAUUCGUCAUCGAAAUUAA